ACUUCCUUCGUGCAGCUGCGACUGGUUCUUUCUAAAAAGAUGGAGACCGACGGAGUUAGCCCGCAGACAAACUGGGACUCUGACAGCCCCGUAGGGGCAGCACUUUUACUAGUUAUCGGGGAACCAGUUACAGAUGAUCACCAAAAUGUCAUUUUAGGGGAAAUAACGAAAGGAUUCCGUUGUUGGGAUGAGAAACAGACUGGAAUUGACAUCAACGAUGAAUUGGCCAGGAUUGCUAACCGAGCCUCAAUGGGCGAGGAAGGACCCAAUGUUAUCGUCACUGGACCUGACCAAUCAGAAACCUUCAAUGAGAGGACAAUCCAACACCGAUCUGAGAAGGUUGCCAUGGAGAUAUUGGUCAAUCCUCGUCUACAGACUUUACAACAGUCCCUCCAAACCUUCCUGAUGAUGCCAGCCGGCAUUCGACACCUCAUCUAUGCUGGUCACUAUUUUAGUGGUAGCGGAUCCUGGGUCCUACAGGAUGACUGUUUCACUUUGUCCCAGCUGGGGCGUCUCUGCAAGGACAGUGACAUUGAGGCUGCUCUGAAACAACAAGAUGGCGGCAAAAUGACAAUCUACUGCAAUACUGGAGGGGAAUGGAAAAGCUCAAACAUCAGCAAACUGGACGUGUGUAAAAGUCUCACUCUAGAGUUGAAUCCUGAGGAGAAGAUGUCGGACAUCAAUGGCGUGUUACAGUUUACAACAUACAUCAGUAGCUUCAUUCAUGCCAAGACCAUUCAACAGUUAAUGCGUACCUCAGAUGUUGUCGGAAACAUCCGAUUUAGCAAACCCACUUUAUACAUAUUCCCAGCAUGUGAAGGUGACUCUGCCAUGUUCGGAAUAAGUGGGUUCAACCUUCUAGUCAAUGGUGGAUACAGUAGAAAGUCAUGCUUCUGGGACUUUGCCCGCCAUCUUGACCGUAUUGAUGCUGUACUUAUGACCCAUCUCGGUGCUGAUAAUAUCUUCGGUAUAAGUUCCGUACUAAGGAGAAAGAGCAUGGAGACAAUCCAUCCUGACAUUGGCUUUAUGUACUUAAACGCCUCUGACAAGGCCGGCGAUGCAGGUGUGAAUGGUGUAAAUGACAAAGAACCACAACUUGCUAUCAAUUUAGCAGAAGAGGGAAGCAAAUUACUGGAAUUUUCUAAGAACCUUAUACCCACUCCUCAGCCAUGUUCCCGGUUGGGUACCACACCGACUGUCAUGCCUGUGAAUCUUUAUCACAAGGUUGGCCAUGGAUCCCUGGAUAUGUACAUACUUAACCCUGUGUCUGACAGCAAGGAGCUUAAGGACUUUUAUCAGCAGUGGAACAAGCAAGUGAUGGAGUUCGGCUCCACACAAAAUGUGCCACUUCCAAACAUGUUAUCAAUUUGUUGCCUGCUAGUUUGGCAGCCAGCCGAUCCCGAUGCAGAUAUCAACCGUCUCUUCUUCCCUGGCAAUGCUCCUCAACAUAAGAUUAUUGAGGGAUUGGAAAAAUUAAAACACCUUAAAUUCUUAAAGAAAGCAGCAUGCACACCGAAAAAUCUGGAAGCUAAACCUGCCCCAAAGAAAAGCAGUGGACCUGCUGGGCGCCCAACAUCAGCUAAAACAACAGCCUCUCGUCCAACACCAGAAAAGAAAAUUGAGAAUAAGCCUGCACCUAAAGCUACUGCAACCAGCAGAUCAAACAAAAUAUCAAAGGAGGAUGAGAACAAGAAGAAAGCAGAGGAUAAAACAAGCAAAUCUCGACCCUCCCUUCUCAACAAAACAGCACCAAAAUCUGCUAAACCAGAUGUGUCUGCUCCAAAGAAACCAACAAGCUCGACACCAAAGAAGCCGUCUCCUACAGAGGCUAAAAAGAAACCAAUGUCAACACAGUCACCACGACCAUCUGCCAAAAAGGAAGUAGAAAAAUCAACCCCUAGCAAACAAAAAACACCAUCCCCAGAACGAAAGCCCCCAACUCCAGUAGCAAGUGUGGCGCCAGUCAUUGCUUCUCAAGAACCGCUUGUGGAACCUGUAGUAGAAGCAGUGCCUCCCUCUGUUGACCUUUUGUCAGGAACCCAGACAUCCCUUAUAGAUAUCACCCCAGAAGAACCACUUAAAUCCAUGGCUGAUACACUAGUACCGCAACAGGAAGCCCUGGUGGAUUCAGAAAAGAAAUCUGAGUCACCAGAUCCUCUUCCUGACCCAAAUCAAUAUGAAGUUGCUCCUGACCAGGGUGAGAGCUCCCUGAUGUAUGGUUCAUUUCACCAGGACCUACAAAAUGACAUCCUGGCUCCUGAAGAUGUUUCCAUGGAGAAUGGAAGUCAUGAUUAUGAAUCUGGCCUUAUUCAGCCAGAGUCCCUACCAGAACCUGUGGCGUACUCACCCCAGGAACCUGACCUUAUACCAGAAAUGUCCCCAGUUACCAAGGAACCUCUCUGCUCUGAAGUCCCUAAAUCACCGGUGAGGGAGAUUCCUGCAGAACCAGAUGUUGUACCAUCAUUCGAAAAAGAAUCUGACUUUCAACAGUCAACUGAGGAAUUUGAUAGACCAGUGUCAUUGGAUACUGCUAAGGACCAAGUCCUUAGUGAUUCUCCAAGCACAGAAUCUCCAGACCUGGAGGAGAAAAACAUACUGCCACCAAAGGAUGAUCUCUACUCCACAAACUACAAAAUGGAGGAAGAUACUCAAAUGGAGGAAAUGAAGCCAGUUUCUCCAGUCGAUGAUAUUAAUGCUCCAGAUUUUCAAAAAGAUGUCAUACCUGAUGAGGAGGAGGUGAAAUCUGCAGAUCCCAUGGAUAGUUUGCCCAAAGAUGAAGAGGAAGAUCUUCAAAAUCAAGAUCAGGAACCUGAAAUACAUGAGGAUGCAAAACAUGCAGAGCCUCUGGAUAGCAUGCCAAAAGAACAAGAGGAACAUAUUCCAGAACAAGACGUUGAUGAACAAGAGGUAAAACCUGCAGAUCAUAUAGAUGCUAUUCCUGAAGAACAAGAUGAUUAUAUACCAGAACAGGAGACAGAUUUUCAAAAAGAUGUUAUGCCUGUUGUACAAGAGGAGAUGAAAUCUGCAGAUCCUAUGGAUAGUUUGCCAGAAGAACAGGAGAAUAAUUCAACGGAACAGGAGACACACUUUCAAAAAGAUGUUUUGCCUGUUGUACAAGAGGAGAUGAAAUCUACAGAUCCUAUGGACCAUAUGCCAGAAGAACAAGAAGGAGAUGCUCUAGAUCAGGAGCCAAUGAAACCAGAAGUCUUACCAUCCACUGUACAGCCAGAUCAGCCACAAGAAAAGGCUGAUAUUUCAGACCACGCCCUGGACGACAUAGAGGAUGAGGAUGAUGGUGAUAUCUCGCCAGAUGAAAUGGACAGUCAAGGUGAUGUUAGAGAAACGGUUCUUCCUGAAGAUACUCCAGAGGAUGUUUCACCAUAUGCCUUUGAGAACAAAGGCUUCACAGAGGGUUCUUGUGAAGAAGUCGGGGAUGAACCCUCCACAGAGCCAGUGGAAGACAUUCAAUCUGAUGAUGGGCAACAGUGUGUCGAUGCAUUUGAAAAAGAUGAGGACAUCAAAGAUAAUGCAAAGGAUGAGGUGCCAGACAUACAAGAUGGAUGUGCUAUGUCACAUGAAGAUGUUCAGGUUAUAGAUGAUUCCUUGGAGGAGAACCAACACCAGAAUGGAGACUAUUUGGAAGUAUCAAACAUUCCUGAAGCCUUUGAGAAAGACGAAACUCCUGAUCCAGUGGAUGUGAAAUCCGAUGACUCCCAAGAGGAAGAUGAAGGACUUCCAGACCAAGGAGAUGAAGGAAGUGAUGCCUACCGCGCUGAUGGUUACAGUUCCUUCAUAGGUCUUCAAGAAAAGCAACCAGAAUCUAGCUUUAAUCCAUUUACGAGCAUUAAUGAUGGUGCCCAAUUGAAGGACAGCCAAGCAGAGGGAGCUGCUGCAGCAUUUGAUCCGUUCUCCACAGCAUGUGAUAACACACAAAGAACCAACCCCUUCAGUUGUUCUGGUCAGCCUUUAGACGCCUACCAAGGGGAGACAAAUGGACAGAGCUUUGAUCCCAAAGAGUGGGGAGAACCUAUGGGGCUGCCUGCUCCUCCUCCACCUGAAGGAUCUCCUGGGCCAACAGCAAACGGUAAAGCUUCGGAUAAAAGCACACUUAAAACUAAAGCUGGAGCAACUAAGAGACCAGAUUCUGCCAAGUUGAACAGGUCAAAACUAGGAGAUAAACCAGAGAAAAACGGUGCACCUCCCUCUGCAAAAACUGCCAAGACCAAUGGUGUGAAAUCCACUACUACUAAGACCCGCCCAGCCAGUGCAACUGCUCCAUCCUCAUCAGAGUCAAAGACCAAACCUGCAGGCAAAAGACCAGCAACGGCCACUGGCAGUCGAGCAUCCCCUGCCACUUCCAAGGCCCCUCCUCUUCCUCCUAUGACUCCCUUCUACAUGGAUCUGUCCUACAUACCUAACCAUGGAAAUCCUCAGUACAGCGACGUAGAAUUCUUCAAACGUAUCCGAGCCAGGUAUUAUGUUCUCAGCUCCCUGUCCCCAAACUCACAGGUGCUGAAUGCCCUCCUGGAUGCCAAACAGAUGUGGGAGGACAAGGACCUCAAAGUCACCAUCAUCCCGACGUAUGACAAUGACACCAUUCGCCACUGGAUGGGGCUCAACAAGGACCGUCUUUGUGAUCUAAACGUGGAUGUCGCCCCGUCUGCCUCAAGAUGUACCAUCCAGCUACAGGACCAUGAGACAAGCUGCUCCGCUUUUCGACUGGAGUUCUGAGAUGUGAGAGUGCAAUCUGAGGGGUCAGAUAAGUUCAGGUUGAUCUAGGAGCUCAUUUUCAUUUCACUUUCAAAAACAAAUUGUAUAUCUAGUAAAAAUGAUUUUGUAACUAGAUAUAAAAUUUUCAUUGAUAUUUAUGGGUAUCCAAGUCCUGAAUGCAUACUGUAGGACGUGCAUGGUAUGAUUCUGAUAGGCAAGCGGUCAUUAACCUUGAUUCACCUGAAAAAAAUAUUAUGGUCAAGAUCUGUAGGUGAUGAGACAUUUGUUGCUUGAUUUGUCUUGACUGGCACUUUCUGAUCUUAACUGUGACAGUCCCUGUGUGAUUUCAGAGACCUUGAAAUCAGGGGCAGCUGUGACCUGCUGCCCAAUGAUGUGUGGAUGUGUUCCCUUCUGCUCUGAUGUCUGUAAAGGACAUAUAAAAGGCUUGGGAGCUUGUUGGACAUAGUAUGACUUCAAGCAUAUGUGUAUGAGUUUCUUGACUUGAGAUGACUUACCAUAGUCCCUUUACAUGUGCUAGCUACAAAAAAAUUGUCAUAGGUGAUUUGGGUCAGCUUUUGUUGUAGAAAUUUGAAAACAUGGCAUGAGGUUUACUUUAGAAAUGAGUAUACUGUGUGAAUACAAUGUUGCUAAAUAUAGAAGCACUUGUAGUGAGUUCAAUAUGUCCUUGUACAUGUGAUAUGGAUAACCUUUUGGUAUGAAAGUCACCAUGCUAGGACUUGCUGUAUGCUUCUACUGCUUCUGAUAGCAGUUAUUUUGUAUGUUAUUCAGUGAUUCAUGCAGGAUAAAGGUCUUUAUACAUGAUGAAGGGUCCAUACACAUGUCAGUGGGCUUUAGCUACAGAAGAUAGGGCCCUUGGCCUGAUGGGGUCAAUAGGUCAACAGAAGAAACAGUCUAUGUACAAUGUAGUUGUUUAUACAUGGUGUGGGACCUACAAAGGGCUCUAGAGGGGAUUCUUUUGAGAUCUUGAAAUGUGUAGGGGCCAGAAUUCCAGAUUGCUAUGGUAUGAGGUCCAUAUGGAUAGUUUAAGAUGUCCAUAUUUAAAAAAAAAGUUGUAAAAGAAAUGCUAUGGGGCCAAGUAAGUGAGAGGAGGGCCUCAGUGUGAACCUUUGUCUAGAGGUGUGGUAUGUGUACGGUUAUAGUGCUGGCAACUGUAGUAGUGUAUAUCUGAGAAAGCUUGCAAUAUUAUGAAUGUGCUAAAUGUAUGGUAUUGAGUUAUAAACACAUUUGUUUGUAUUGCAUUGAAGUUCUUUUUUUUUUUUUUUUUCAUUGACAAAUAUGUACUAGCGUUAUUAAUUUUUCAUAAUUUGUAUUUAUUUCAUUUAUUUCACAUAUUAUAUAAUAAUAUUGUAUAUGAAUGUUACUUUUUAAACAUUAUGCCUGAUGUAUUGUAGAUUAGAUAGCCAAGUAUUUAUAUGUGUUCAGUGCUAUGGAAUUCACACUUGUUGACAAUCCAAGGGUUGUUCUGUUGUGGAGCCUAAAUCUGAAGAUAAUUGUAAGUUAUCUAUAAUGGAUAAAACUUCACCUUAUUUUGCUUUUUUCCAUAUUUAUUCGAAUAAAGCGCCCUGUCAUGUUUCCUGUUAAAUCAGAAUGGUCUGGUGAUUUCCAAAUUUUUAAAAUGUUCAUACCCUAGCUUAUAAUAUAUUAUAAUUGUGAUGAAUAUAUUGCUGUGAAAAUCAUUUGCAAUCAAUCCUGUAUUUGUUUAGUUCCCUGGUAUUUUUUUCCCAUGGCAGAAUAUCUAGUCAAACCAUGUUUAAUGAUGUAAUAUCUUAACAAAUGUAAUGUAAUGAUGUAAAGUAUAACAGAUCUGAUGUUAAAUCAGACAUGUCUUCUGUAAUAAAUCUGUAACACAGUGACUAUGUAACCUAACAAAUCUGUAAUGUCUGUCUUAAAAUGUAAUGUCAGUCUUACGAUGUAAUGUCAGUCUUACGAUGUAAUGUCAGACAGACUUACGAUGUAAUGUCAGACAGACUUAAGAUGUAAUGUCAGACUUACAAUGUAAUGUCAGGCUUACAAUGUAAUGUCAGACUUACAAUGUAAUGUCAGACAGACUUACGAUGUAAUGUCAGACUUACGAUGUAAGGUCAGAUGUACGAUGUAAUGUCAGACUUACGAUGUAAUGUCAGACUUAAGAUGUAAUGUCAGGCUUACAAUGUAAUGUCAGACUUACAAUGUAAUGUCAGACAGACUUACGAUGUAAUGUCAGACUUACGAUGUAAGGUCAGAUGUACGAUGUAAUGUCACAGACUUACGAUGUAAUGUCAGACAGACUUACGAUGUAAUGUCACAGACUUACGAUGUAAUGUCAUACAGACUUACGAUGUAAUGUCAGACAGACUUACAAUGUAAUGUCAGACAGAUUUACGAUGUAAUGUCAUACAGACUUACGAUGUAAUGUCACAGACUUACGAUGUAAUGUCAUACAGACUUACGAUGUAAUGUCAGACAGACUUACAAUGUAAUGUCAGACAGACUUACGAUGACGUAAAGUCAAACUUACCAUGUAAUGUCAGACUUACCAUGUAAUGUCAGACUUACCAUGUAAUGUCAGACUUACCAUGUAAUAUUUGACUCAUGAUGUAAUGUCAUCACCUGAAUUAUACACAAUAACAAAUCUAUUACGUAUUGUUUCCUGUCAUCACUGGACUUUUACACAGCAAUAGAUCUGUAUGUUAUCCAUUUAUUUAAACAACAUCUCAAUAGAGGUUCCAUUUCUCCAGGAAUGCAGUACAAUUCUAGUCCAUCCAACUGUAUAUAUAAUAAUACACUUUGAUCAGUUGUUUCUAGCUUGAUAAACUAACCCAGAAUGGGAUAAGAGAUUUUCAUCACUCAUAAAUACCUAGCCAAAUGUGGCAUUCAUCUAAGGGGAGGUAACUCUUGUUAUAAAACAGUCGCAGGAGCUACACUAUAAAAACUAGGGAUAUAGAGAGUUAUUUGGCUAACAUCUUUGUCUGUGAUGUAGAAGAAUAAUUUUCAUACUGAUGUGAUCAUUGUCUGUUGUCAAAUGAAUCCACUGCAAUUUUGUGUUAAAAACAGUUCUGUAAUUAUAAGGUUGUAACUUCUGUCAUUUCAAUGUUCUGUUUGGUAUUAAGUUACAUUACUUUGUAUAACUCUUUUUUUUCAAAUCAGAAUAUAUGUUAAUAUCACUGGUAUAUAAAUGUACGUAAUGAUGAUGAACUGGAGUUCUGAUUUUCUUCAGAAAUCAUGCACAAUUUACUCGGAGGGAUUGUCCUCGGACACCAUCUACAAUUUUCUUCAGGUAGCAGAUUGGAUGCCCAAGAAAAAGGAACACUAACUGGUAAUGAGAUAUUGUUGGGCAGAAAAUGUUUCUCUGUAUUGAAGAAAAUUAAGGAAAUAGGAUUUUAUUUCCUCUCUCUGAUAAAUUGUCUUUGUAGAAGAGGACUCAGAGGCUGGGUGAGGAAAGCGACCACCUUUCUCUCUCUGAUAAAUUGUCUUUGUGGAAGAGGAUCUGGACUCGGAGUUUGGGUGGGGAAUGGGACCACCAAAGUGUGUUCUUACUUGUAAUGAUCCAGAAUGUGUAGCUUGUUUAUGAAGAAACGACACAAAAAAAAACCCAGUUUAGCCUGCUUUGUGUUACCAAGUCACGAUUGUAUGAUAGUUACAGAUUCAUGCUAUACAAUAAGAAAGCUUGCUGUGUAAUGCUGCUUUCUCAAUUUCCAUGGUUAAAACAGUUUCAGUGGUUCAAGCCUGGGCAUUCUACCUUUCAAGAGGAGACAGCAGUAUUAGACCUAGAUUAACAGAACCUUACUGUAAACCUGUUGGACAACCAUUUCUACCUGGUGAUAUGUAUGUAAACCUAAUCUUCACAGGCAAGAUAUGGCCAUUAUUUUGGACUACAUGGAAUUGUUAUUCGGAAUGCAGUAUUAUACUUUCGUUUUAUCCAACACAUUUUUAAUAUCUGACACUACUGAGGUUGAGUGGUUAUUUAUUUCUGUCGCUUUAGUAAAAAAAAAAAAAUCAUUUUACUAUUAUUUCAUGGAUAUAAAGUGAGAAAGAGAAACUGUGAACUUGCAUGGAUAUUUACACCUUGGAUAUUGUUUAACAUUUUUCACAGAGACAAAGUUAAUUAGCUAUCUUUUUACCUGGAAGUAUGCAAUUUACUUACUGAAGCCUUAAUAGUUUAUUUCCUGGAUUUAACUGAAGGCAGACUGGAGGUUCUAGUUUAACGUUUGUUCAUCUGUAAUCCUUUUUACGUAAAACAGAUCUAUGAGUGCUUUCAAUCAGAAAUUUCCUAUAUAAUACUUUGAAUCGACAGUGAAAUGACUGCCAUAUAUUUGAUGUAAAGUAUUAUAUAAAGAUAUGCAUAUACUUAUAUAUAAAUGUUAUACACUUUGGUAUGGAUGAUAUUGUGUUGUGCUAUUUAGUCGAAUGUUUAUGUAUUGAAAGUUUAUUCUGUCAGAUGUUUAAUUAUUUUUUUUCUUUUGCCAUUUUUGGCUUUUGUGAUUUUUGUGGACUGCCAUUUGGUACAAUUAUAUAUAAAGGGAGAGAACUAGUGUAGGGAAGCAUAAAGAAUGGUUACAAACCAGCGAUAUUUUGAAAUUGUGUAUAUUGUCAUCAGCUUAUGAUUUUUAUUCAAUAAUUUUUUUAGGAACUUCGAAAAUUACUGAAAUAAAGUUCAAAAAAAUACAGGCUUUAUCAGAAACUGUAAUGACCGUGAUGGUUAUGCUUUGAAGGAACCGAGUGUCGGAUUCUCGUAUUUACUAUGCUUUACAGCUGAUUUUGUACCUAUCUUAUUGUGCUUAUUUUAAAAGUAGUUACACUGCCUUAAGUUAGUUCUGCCCAAUAAAUGCCUUCACAAUAGGAUGACUAUUUUCUGCCUUUUUUGUGUCCCCAUUUUUUAAUUCACGUCGGUUAUCUCCCUUUUCUACUAGCUGAUGAUGUGGCAUGUUGAGUUAAACAUUGUGUGUUAAAAUGAAUAUUCCCUUGUACAUGUUUCCAAGUGGCAAAAAAAAGAGACUGCCUUCAGUAAAGUUAAAUUUAAAUAAA